GAGCCAAAAAUCAGACGACCAGUCAACUGAAUCAUAUUUCCUCUGCUGUGCCUUGACAUCUGCAAAAGACAGGACCAACGGAGGUGCAUGCAUGCCGCUGUGGGCUGCAAGCAGAUGUGCGGAUAUUUUGGCGCGGGAGUGCCUGCAUUAGAGAGCCAUUGAUUGACAGGGUUUAGCCUCGCUCCCGGCGGGACGGAGAGAAUGGCUUGGAAUCCGAUCUUUUCGAAAUGCUGCUGUUGGCGGUGCAUCCUUUUGCCAAAUCGACCCCCUGCUCUUCAGGUCGCCGCGCCGCUGCCGGGGGCUGGCUGUUGGUACCGUUGCCGGGCUUGUCAAUCAAUCAAAGCUGCAAGAUCGGCCGCCCUUGCUGCGCGCAUCAAAUCGGACUUGAAACAGCCAAACAGAAAAAGCUCAGGCGCACGGCUGCCCCGUCUGCGUCAGUCUGCGCUCGACGGAAAAAAAGUAAUGGGUGCACGUCAAUUUCAAUCUCCCUGGGACCUACCAAGCGAGACACCCCAGGGAAAGGGGGUGCACCCAGAGAAGGGCAUGCGUGGUGACGCGAGUUGUAGACAGAGUCGAGAUAGAUAUAACCCGUAUCGCCUUCGCUAUGGGCAUGCCAGGUUUUUUGUUCCUUUCUUUCCCUUGUUCAUCAUCAUCGCAUACCUUUCACUCCCUGCGCAAGGCGUAUACAUUUUUUAUAAUUCUUGGUUUCGGUUCCUUGGUGAGACCAGCAUUCCACACACAUUCUCUUGGGAAGAGUCCCCUUGUAUCAAAAGACUCGAUUCGCCCUCGCUACAAAGCUAUAUUCCACCCGUCUUCCGUCAGACGGAGUCUCCGGUUAUCGAGAUUACAACCCUUCGCCUGCUGCUUCUCUUCACGAGGACAUCCGAGUUGAUUACCGUUACUCAUCCUUGCACGGCACUCCCAUCUCUUCUUCAGAGCACCAUUCCAAUCGUUCACCACAUGAUCAGAAGGAACAGCAACGCCGUCACAGUCAACAUGGGCCGAGGAGCGUACGACACAACAGGAACUUUGAAGCCUGGCCAGCCUCCGCCACCAAAGCCUCGAUAAUCUUGUGAUCCCACCUGACACGAGAGCACCAUGCGCUGUCAUUCCGUUUCUUCUCCGUCCUUGCGGCCGGAAGAGGAAGGGAAAAGAUACAGCAAUCAAAGGACACAGGCGCUGGCGUUGUUCUAUAUCUGCUUCCGCAAGGUCCUUGCUGCCACAUUUCCCUCUCAAAC